AUGGUUCGGAUAAUAGACGACUACAGCGAAAAUUUGGAGUCGAUGGUGUUGCAAAGGACGAAAACUCUUGAGGCAUCGUUGGUGCAAACGGAAAAUCUUCUAUUUCACAUCAUGCCGAGGCGAGUUGCAAACGUAGCUGAGAAUUUAAGGAUGGGAUUACCCAUUCGUUCUGAAAUGCAUCCAUCCGUUUCCUUACUGGUUACCGACAUAUGCAAAUAUACGGAACUUUGCGAAGCCACCAUUCCAGUUCAGGUAUUUUUCAAUUCGUUUAGAGUUUUCUCAGAAUUUGUUGUCAUCCUUCAAUGUGUUCAGGUUGAAAACGUAGGUGAUUUGUAUUUGCUUGCAAGUGGUUUGGAUCAUGUUCCCAACCAUCUCUGUGAAGUCUGCCGGCUCUCUUUGAAACUGCUCGACUUUGUCGAACAUUACGACAUUAAACACCCGUCGAAAUUCAAAUUGGCGGUCAAGAUCGGAAUUCACUCCGGAUCCGUGGCUUCUGGAAUUCUGGGAAGUUCAGCUCCAAGAUUUUGCAUUUUUGGUGAUACCGUGAAUAUGGCAUGUCGUAUGGCGAAUUCAAGCGAGCCCAACAAAAUUCAGAAUCGCAUGACAAUGUCGUUAUUACAGAUGACCGAGAGCAUUGCACAAAAUGUCCGGUUGAAGUAUCCGGGUUUCAUCAUCGAGGAACGCGGUUCCGUAAACGUCAAGGUAAGCUACAUAAUUUCAGUUACCUAG